CUGCAGGUCACUGUACUUGAAGGAGUCCAGUUCCUCCAACGAGGGGACAGUCAUCAUGUUCUGCAAUGCAGUCGACCUCGGAAAGAACAGACACGACAGCGGCAGAAGCGCGCUGCGGUUCAAAACUCUACCGCCAAUGAGCCGGCAGCCUCGCCCCUCAGCCACGCGCACGCGCCGCCCCGCCUCUCCGCCGGGGAGGCGGAGCCUGCGGACUUCGAAAGUGCGCGGCGGGAGGCAGGAAGAUGGCGGUCCCGUCCCGGCAGCUGCGCUCUCGCCGGACCGCGUCGCCGCCGCCGCCGCGGGGUGGCUCGAGUGGCGGCGCUCAGAAGGCGGUGGAGGAACCCUCUUUCACGACUUCCAUGGAAUGGGACACCCAGGUGGUGAAAGGAUCGUCGCUGCUCGGCCCCGCGGGGCUGAGGCCCGAGGAGCCGCCGUCCGGCGCGCGGCUGCCGUGGUGGCUGCAGCCCGAGCGGUGCGCGGUGUUCCAGUGCGCGCGCUGCCACGCGGUGCUCGCCGACUCGGUGCACCUCGCCUGGAACCUGACUGCCACCUUGGGCGCUGUGGUCUUCUCCAGAGUCACCAACAACGUGGUUUUGGAAGAGCCUUUUCUAGUGGGCAUCGAUGGCUUGCUCAAAGGCAGCACUUACAACCUUUUAUUCUGUUGUUCCUGUGAAGUUCCAGUUGGCUUUCAUCUAUAUUCAACCCAUGCUGCCAUGGCUGCCUUAAGAGGCCACUUUUGCCUUUCCAGUGACAAAAUGAUGUGCUAUCUCUUGUCAACAAAAGCCAUAGUGCCUGCGUCCAAGAUGGAGAUUCACAACGUCCCUCUCGAACAGAAGGUGUUGGAGCUGAAAGAGAAGAUAAUGUUAACUCAUGUCCACUUAAGUUCACUGAUGAAGAUUCCAAAAGACAAGGCUCCUGCUAAGUCCAAGACAGAAAACUGACCCAGGAUCAAGAGCUUGAGUAUGAGGGUUAGGACACUGCUGUCUGUCCUUUUGGCUGGAACCACUAUCUUCCAGUAAAUCGUGAAAAUGACCAACACAAAGGGAAAGAAGAGGGGCACCUGCUACACAUUCUCUAAAUCUUUUAGAAAGCAUGGAGUUCCUUUGGCAGAGUUCAUGCAGAUAUAUAAGGAUGGUGAUAUCGUAGACAUAAAGGGAAUGGGCACUGUCCAAAAAAGAAUGCCCCACAGAUGUAGCAGGGCAGAGCUAGAAGGGUCUACAGUGUUACCUAGCAUGCUGUUGGCAUUGUCGUUAACAAACAAGUCAAGAACAAGAUUCUUGCCAAGAGAAUUAAUGUUCAUAUUGUGCUUUAUUAAGCACUCUAAGAGUUGAGACGACUUUCUGAAAUGGGUGAAGGAAAAUGGUCAGAAAAACAAGGAAGCCAAAGAGACAUGGGUUCAACUGAAGCGCCAGCUUGCUCCAUUCAGAGAAGCACAUUUUGUAAGAACCAGUGGGAAGGAGCCUGAGCUGCUGAAGCCCAUUCCCUAGGAACUCAUGGCAGGAGAAGUGUUUGUUUGGAAAUAAGAGGACUCCUGGACUAUUUUGUUAAAAAGAAAAAGGAACAUGCUGUCAGUGAACCAGUGCUGCUGGAUUCUUCUAGAGGAUCCCCUUCAAAAUAAGAAAUGUGGUUUAUUAUAUUAUCUCUAGCUUCUUGUCAGUUUCAUAAUACUUCUGAAAAAGCUAGUUGCAAAUUUGGGGAUUGAGAGAAAUGGCCCUUGAGUACUUUGACCUAAAGAUCCAUAAUGAAUCUAAAAGUGAGCUGGAUUGAAUACUGACCAGCCUUUCUUGUGGGAAGCAAUUAUGUAAAUAUUGAGAAACUUAAAUGUAAAAUACUGGUACACAUAUAGUCUGUAGGCAAUGGUCACUAAGUUAGCCAACAGGGUAAUCUAUAGUUUCUUGUGUAACAUAGAUAAUAUAGUUUCCACAUGUAAAUUGAAUUUUAUAA